ACGCUUUGACGGUCGAGGAUGGGGCGACUGCGAGUGAUGGACUACGCGCCAAAAUCAAUCAGGCGUCAAAUAAAUUUUCACCAGUUAGGGUUUCGCCUUGGUUUGUCCCCAAACCAAAUCGAAUUGAGGGGAUAAGGAGGGAGAGAGGGAAUGAUGAGUUCACGAGAGAAGGAUCAGUCGACGACAACGACGACGGGAGCGGGGACGACAACACAUCAGCCUUACUUGAGUAGCCUCGUCGUCCGGCCUACCGAGAGCGGUGGAGGUAGCGAUUACGAGCCUGGAGAAGUCCGCAGAGAUCCUCCUUAUUCUCGUUCGGAUCGAUUCCAUGAAAGCUCAGGAUAUGGCAUGCGUGCAGGUUCCAGUUCUCCUAUGCGCUAUAGAAAGAUCGAGCAUCAUUAUUAUUCUGAUUUUGACCAUUCAGGAGGCCCACAACGAGGUCGUGGAUUUAGGGGUGGGAGGGGUCCUGGUAGAUUUCGAGAUUCUUCACCCCCUUAUGGCCGAGGAAGGGGUGGUGGUAGGUCAUCUGGAAGAGGUUUUGAUGGGCCAGGAUAUGGUCUUGGGCCGUUCAGAGGUGAAGGCAUGAGCAGGAAUAACCCAAAUGUGUCUCCCAGAGAAGGAGAUUGGAUUUGUCCAGAGCCAUCAUGCGGGAACCUGAACUUUGCAAGGCGGGAAUACUGCAACAACUGCAACAGGCUUCGUUUUGGGCCCGAUGACAGUCCUCGCAGGGGCUAUCCAGGUCCACCACCACCUCAUGCUCCACCAUCACGCUUUUCUGGCCCCCCAGUAGACCGCUCUCCGGGAAGGAGCUUGAAUGGCUACAGAUCUCCACCCCGUGGCUGGGGUAGAGAUGGUCCUAGAAUGUUUGGAGCUGGGUCACCCCACCAUAGGCAGGAAAGAAGGUUCCCAGAUCACCACAUGCGGAGGGAUAGGCUGGAUUAUCGUGAAGAGGAAGACUACCGGGAAAGAAACCGGUUUGAUAGGCCAGUAGCUCCUGAGUGGAUUGGCGAUAGAGACCGUGGAAGGGACUUCAUUCCAGAAAGGAGGAGGUAUGACGAGAGAAUUGAGCGACGCCAACUAUCUCCCCCACCUCCACCACCUCCACAUCGCGGGCGAUGGGUACAUGAUUUGAGAGAGAGGAGCAGGUCCCCAAUGAGGAGUCCGCCACUGCCGCCAAAGGAUUAUCGACGGGAUGGAUACAUGGACAGGGGGCGGGAUGAUCGACGGGGGAUGAGAGAACGGAUGGGUGAUGCUUAUUAGUUCGGUGCAACAAUCAAAUGGAUGACUUCGGCGGACGGUUAAGAACAUUUAGAUGAAUCUGAUGAUAGGUGGAAUCAUUCUUUCUUUUCCAAUUUUUAUCAUUUAUCUCAGAAACCUCUGCUCUUCGUAGUUGGAUUUAAAAGCGAUCAAAAACCGACAUUGCCUUUUUUUAACUUCUAGCUUUAAGUGGGAGACAUCUGAUUUUGCAUUGUAGAUCCAAUGUUCUUGAGAGGUAUAUGUAGCUAUUGGGGCGCUAAUUAUUUUC